CCCCCUAAAAACCAACCCAUUUAUUUCACUACCCAACAACCCAAAAGAUAAAGGAAUCGUUUACUUGUUCGUAGCAAUUUAUCGUCAUUUCAAGCUCAUUUCCCUGAAAAUUUUUGUGCUGAACUCCUUUUUUCUGUUUGUACUACCAUGUGUGGAGGUGCUAUUAUCUCCGAUUUCAUACCGCCGUCGCGGUCGCGACGAUUGACGGCCGAUUUCUUGUGGCCCGAUCUGAAAAAAUCCGGGUUGAAGAAGGGGUCGGGUAAGAGAUACUCGAAGCCCGUGAUCGACUUGGGCGAUGAUUUCGAGACUGACUUUCAGGAGUUCAAAGAUGAAGAAUCUGAUAUAGAUGAUUAUGAUGUUGAUGAUGUUUUGGCUGAUGUGAAGCCCUUUGCUUUUAACGCUAGAACGAAACCUGCUUCUGCUGUAUCUCAUGGUUCGAACUCUGAAAAAUCCAUGCAGUUCGAUGGCCAAGCUGAGAAAUGUGGGAAAAGAAAGAGGAAGAACCAGUAUCGUGGAAUCCGGCAGCGCCCAUGGGGUAAAUGGGCUGCUGAGAUCCGUGACCCAAGGAAAGGGGUUAGGGUCUGGUUAGGAACUUUCAAUACUGCUGAAGAAGCUGCGAGAGCUUAUGAUGCUGAGGCACGGAGAAUUCGUGGUAAGAAAGCUAAGGUGAACUUCCCUAACGAGACUCCGCGUACCUCUCCAAAGCAUGCAGUCAAGACAAAUUCUCAGAAACCACUUUCCAAGUCAAAUUUGAGCCCUGUUCAGCCAAAUCUCAACCAGAAUUACAAUUACUUGAACCAGCCUGAGCAGGAAUACUUUGAUACCAUGGGUUUCGUAGAAGAGAAGCCAUCGGUCAAUCAGUUUGCAUACGUGGACCCUGUUCCUAUGUCUAUAGAUGCUGGAUUUAAUCAAUCAGAUAAUGCCCCCUUGUACUUCAAUUCAGACCAGGGAAGUAACUCCAUCAAUUGUUCCGACUAUGGCUGGGGAGAACAGGGUGCCAAAACUCCUGAAAUAUCAUCCAUUCUUGAAGCUUCUGUAGAGGGUGAUGAGUUUCUUGAGGAUGCUAACCCUAGCAAGAAGCUGAAACCAAGUUCCGACAAUGUUAUGCCUGCCGAAGACAACUCCGCGAAGACCUUGUCGGACGAGCUGUUGGCUUUGGACAACCAGAUGAAAUACUUCCAAAUGCCGCCAUUUAUUGAAGGAAACUGGGACGCCACUAUUGAUGCUUUCCUCAAUGGAGAUGCAACACAGGAUGGUGGAAACCCGAUGGAUCUUUGGAACUUUGAUGAUUUCCCUACCAUGGAGGAGGGUGUUUUCUGAGCGAACUUUCCAUAAUAACUAGUGUUUGUAAAUAAAGCAACAUGUUAGAAUUUGGUCAAAAUCUGUUGUGAAGUUGAAGUAAAAACCAAGCUAUAUGCAUGCUUAAGCCUUGCCUGCACUGCUUUCAGAGGUUUUUAGUAUGUACCCCUUUUUUAUGUGUUUUUUUGUAGACUUUGGACUAAAUUUUAAAUUUGAGUGACUGUAUAAGUAAUUGUGUCUGAAUUUGUUUAUGUUUGAAUACUGAAAAACAUAUGAAUGUUUUAAACUCUGCUAUUUGUUUCUCC